GGCUCGACAGCGGGCAUCGGGUCACCAGGCAUUGGAUCGUCUGGCUCGACAGCGGGCAUCGGGUCACCAGGCAUGACAGUGGGCACCGGGUCAUCAGGUACCGGAUCGUCUGGCUCGACAGCGGGCACUGGGUCAUCAGGCGUGAUAGGAUCAUCAGGCUGGAUCAGUUCAUCAGGCUGGGUACAGGCAUCAGGCUGGGUACAGGCAUCAGGCUGGGUACAGGCAUCAGGCUGAAGUGCGGGUGCCGAGGCACCAGGC